AUGCUACCACGCUCGAGAGCAGCAUCUUUAGCGGCUAGCUCACGGUCGCGCUCCCGUGCCAGCUCCAGAUCCGGUCCACCGAUACCGUCUGUAUCGCCAGAGCCAGAACAAACGGCUUCGCCUGCGAAACAACGGCCCACGAAGAGAAGAAAAAAGAGUACAUCAAACGCGACUCCGCGGAAACGGCGGCGCAAGGAGACAGUGCAAGAGGAGGAUCCCUCAACUGGACCUAACGGUGUCGCCGUCGAGGAACUCUCCACUGUGCCUCUUGUGUCCCCGGACGUCGACCAGGAACCGGUCGCGGGGCCGUCAGAACUCCCUCCUGAAACAACAGCUGAAGACAAUCGUGAAUCCGAACCAGAACCACUAUCUUCCUACAACUGUCCAAUAUGCUUCACUCCGCCCACCAAUGCGACGCUCACCCCGUGCGGGCAUAUAUGUUGCGGGUCGUGUCUUUUUACUGCUGUGAAGGUUGCCAAGCGAAGGGCAGGUCUCAUGAUGGGUGGAGGAGAAUUAUUGGCCAAGUGCCCCGUAUGUCGCGCUACAAUCCCCGGAUGGGAUGGGAGAGGGGGUGGUGUUAUCGGAUUGAAAGCUCGCACCCUGUUCAGCGUUGAAUGA